UCUGGGCAGCGGCAGGCGGGGAGCGAAGCUCCUUUGACCCGGGUAGCGGAGAGGCUUCUGGCGUAGCCCAGAGCCUGUUUGUGCCGCCCGGUGUCCGAGCGCAACGCCUUCUUCCUAGGCCUUCCCUCUUUUCCACUACCACGCAGCAUAAUGCCGUUGUGCAGAGCAAGCCGACGGGAUGCGUGUGUACGCGCUCCCGUCUGUACGGUGCUGUGGCACUUGGCAGUAGCUUUUGAAAGUCCUCAGAGCACCAGAAGUUUCUUCAUAGGCCAUGGGAGCUGUCAUGGAGGAAUGUGCUGAGCCCUGCCCUGCAACAACCCCGCCUCGCAAACGCCAACGAUUAGCUGAGAUUAGUGUCUCUGUACCUUCUGCCUUCUGUAAUCGGGGUUUAUAAUAAGCGUUUACAAGAACUGGCUGUAGCGUAUUGGGGACCUGUGAAAGGAGAAUGUCGGAGCAAUGCAGAGGGAAGGGGCAGUACAAAGAUUUUAAAUUGACGUUGGGAUGUGGAGGCUGUAGGACGGUUUGUAUCCUAACCGUUGUGUCAUGGCUGAGAGGCCUUUUUCAGUUCUUUGGGUGGCUGCUUGUCACCUGGGUGACCUUGGAGAAGUCUUUUCUGUUCUGCCCAUGUUUCACCUUUAGUUAAGGGGGGGGGGGGUUCAGGCUAUCAGCUCCCUUUUCUGCUGUGCUGGAAGUCCAAUAUCGGCAGGAACUGUUCAGGGAGGAAUGAUUGCGUGCCCAGCAGCAGGAGGAGGAUUGGGAAAGUCAGUAGGAGGGAUUUCUGAUUGACAGUAUUUGGGUGGUGCAAGAGACAGAAGGCCUUACGAGAGUGAUACCAGGGAUGAUUAUUGUGGUGGCUUUGAGAGUCAGUUCGCAGAUACAACAACAACAACCACAAGUAUUUCAAGUUAGCGUAGGUGAGGAAUUUUUGCCUCUGUCAGCACUGUUUACAUGGUCCAUCAUGAUUUGAGAACAUGUGCUUUUACCUUUCACUGUUCAGCUGUGUCCUCUCCAUUUCCCAGCUGUGGGGAGUGCUCUGACCUGCUGGGUUUUGCUUUGCAGACACCGUUACCUUUUAAGGACACUGCACAGGAAACCGUGGCCAGGGGAGGCUGCAGGGAAAUGCUGCUACUGUCCCGCGGCUCCCUUUGGUGCUCAGAUUCGUUAAUACGUUAGAUUUGUAAUCGGAUGUCUGUAGAAGGAAGAGGAGGAGGAAUUGCCAUGAUUAAUUAAUUAGAAGUCCUGAGAAAAGCACGAGCUUUCUCAGAAGUCUUAGAUGCUAUUUUGGGAGAUGACAGCAGGUGGCAAUCUCUCCCUAAAAAUCCUGCUGUGGAAGAGUUGAAUACUUGUGAAUUUUUCUCAGGCAGCCACAAGAGGUUGCUGAAGAAGGACUUUUUCCUGCUUUAAGGAUCGCAAGUCCUGUCCUCGAUAUAGACAUGCACAGUGUAUAGAAGGAUCACUUCUCUAAGAAGCCUAGAAAAUGAAGCUAAAGGAAAUUGAGCGAACAGCUGUCCAGGCAUGGAGUCCAGCAAACAACCACCCCAUUUACCUAGCAACAGGAACAUCUGCCCAGCAACUGGAUGCAUCCUUCAGUACAAAUGCCACCUUGGAAAUAUUUGAGGUUGACUUCAGGGAUCCCUCCCUGGACAUGAAGCAGAAAGGAACACUUCCUGCCUCAAACAGGUUUCAUAAGCUGAUCUGGGGUAACUUUGGAAAUGGGUCUCCAGAGUCCUCCGGUGUGAUCAUUGGUGGAGGGGAUAACGGUGUACUGACAAUGUACAGUGUGCACCGCAUCCUGGCUUCAAAGAGCGAGCCUGUAAUUGGGCAGACAGAGAAGCAUACAGGUCCUGUUCGAGCUCUUGACUUCAACCCUUUCCAGAGUAACCUCUUGGCUUCUGGAGCCAAUGAUUCUGAAAUUUUCAUCUGGGACUUGAAUAACUUCAGUGUGCCUAUGACUCCAGGGGCUAAAUCACAGCCUCAUGAAGACAUCAGUGUGGUGUCCUGGAAUCGGCAGGUGCAGCAUAUCCUGUCCUCCGCUCACCCCAGCGGCAAGGCUGUGGUUUGGGACCUCAGGAAGAAUGAGCCUAUCAUCAAAGUCAGUGACCACAGCAACAGAAUGCAUUGCUCAGGAAUGGCCUGGCAUCCAGAAGUUGCAACCCAGCUAGUCCUUUCGUCUGAGGAUGACCGCUUGCCAGUGAUCCAAAUAUGGGACUUACGCUUUGCUACGUCUCCUUUGAGCCAGCUGGAAGGGCACACGAGGGGAGUUCUCUCUGUCUCUUGGUGCCAGGCUGACCCUGAACUGCUGUUGAGUAGCGCCAAAGACAACCGGAUCUUGUGCUGGAACCCAAAUAUGGGGGAGGUGGUUUACGAGUUGCCCAUACGGAGUCAGUGGUGCUUUGAUGCCCAGUGGUGUCCUAGGAAUCCUUCUGUCUUCUCUGCUGCCACUUUUGAUGGGUGGAUCAACAUUUACUCUGUUAUGGGUGGGAACUUAGAAGCUCAGCAGAAGACACAGGCUGACAAGAUCUCUUCCUCCUUCAACAACCUGGAUCCCUUUGGCACGGGACAGAUCCUUCCUCCUCUGCAGGUGCCGGAGCAAGUAGCUCAGACCACCUUGAUUCCACCAUUAAAAAAGCCACCCAAAUGGAUUCGCAGACCUGUGGGGGUUUCAUUUGCAUUUGGAGGAAAACUGAUUACCUUUGGUCUUACCAAAGCUCCUGGACAGCAAAUGCAGCAGACUUACCCACACCAGGUAUUCAUCAGUCAGGUCACUACUGAAACCGAAUUCCUGCUCCGAUCCAGAGAACUGCAGAUGGCCUUGCAGUCAGGGAACCUCCUUGAUUACUGCCAGGGCAAGAUCCAAACAGCCAAGCUGCCAUUUGAUGAGAACCUCUGGAACUUCUUGAAGGUGAAUCUGGAGCAGGAGUCCAGGACUAAACUCCUCAAGCUGCUGGGCUACAGUAAAGAGGAUCUGCAAAAAAAGGUCACCUCAUGUUUGAGUAAUGGGAUCCCAGAUAAACAGCGCCUUCCUGAGGCAGAUGAGACAAAUGCUGCGCAACCAGAUCAGCUUUUGAUAGAUUCCAGUGAUGAUGCAGCUGCUGUUUCCUCCUCUUCAGCCUUUUUUGACAACCUCAUCCCACAGAAUAUGAGCACAUUGGAGAUUCCUGUCACGGAAGAUACGGAUGGACUCAUCAGCCAAGCCCUUUUGUUGGGGAAUUUUGAGAGUGCAGUGGAGCUGUGCAUGCGAGCAGAGCGCUUUGCUGAUGCCAUCAUCUUAGCUAUAGCUGGUGGGGAGAACCUCCUAAAGGAGACCCAGAAGCGCUACUUUGCUAAGCGGAAGACAAAACUCUCCCUGCUGCUUUCCUCCAUUGUGCAACAGAACUGGCAAGAUAUUGUUUGCACGUGUGAUCUACAGAGCUGGAAGGAGGCACUGGCCAUCUUGUUAACAUACUCAAAGCAUGAGGACUAUACCCAGCUCUGCGACAUGCUGGGUGCCCGCCUAGAGUCGGAGGGAGAUGCAGCCCUGUCCAAUGAUGCCUGCCUUUGCUAUAUCUCAUCAGGCAAUGUGGAGAGGUUGGUGGAAUGCUGGGUAAAAAACCAUGAGACUUCAUCGCCCCUUGCCCUGCAGGAUCUCAUAGAGAAGGUGAUGGUACUGAGCAGGUCCAUUGAGAUGCUCCGAGGUGCAGCAGGACCAGCGCCAGGCCCGGUCUUGGCAGAACGAAUCACCCAAUAUGCCAGUCUCCUGGCAUCUCAAGGAUGCUUGGCAGCUGCAAUGAAUUACCUACCCAGCAGCUCUAAAGAGCUCCUGAUCGAACAGCUCCGAGACCGGCUCUUCCAUGCUCAAGGAGAGAACGUGGGUAAUCAGCAGCCACCCUACACUCGUGUCAAUGUAGGUGUCAUUAAACACACAUCUCCAGCAGCCAAGGGUGGUUCUGCCCCUGAAGGAGCAGCCCACAAGACAGGUCCCAGACAUCCAGAGAAGCCCAACUAUCAGUCACCAAUUGCCCCUUCAGCACCUUCUCAGCCUUCAGUGCCUUCUGUCUUCACGCCUCAGCCAGUGCCAGCAAUGUCUAUGACACCUCACCACGUUUCAUCUCCCCAGGCCAGUACGGGUCCACAAACAAGUGUGUAUUCCAGAGGGCCCCCCUACCCACAGUACAACUUGGGCUUGGUUCCAGCAACCAUUUCAGGGCCAGCUGCGUCACAGUCUCAGCCAUUUGGAUCAGUGGGAGUCAGACCUGUUGGUCCUGCUCCCUUCCCCAGCCAGCCUUCUCUGCCGGGGCAGUCCAUGCCCAUGGCAUCUCCUGCUGUUCCACCACCUGGACCUGCCCUCUUCACUCCAGCAUCAGUCCCAUCCUCCCAGCUUCCUGCAGCUUGUCCUCUCCCUGUGGCAAGCCAGUCUCCUCUAGGUUUCUCUUCAGCACCAUUCAACUGUCCCAUGAACAUGGGUUACCCUCAGGGAGGUCCUGGAGCUCCAUCUACUAAGCCCCUGCCAGCAGCCAGCGUUCCUCCUCCUCCUAUAGGUUUCUUCCCUUGGCUAGAUCCCAACGUGGAUCAUGCAGCUCAGGAAUCUUGGACCGAUCCCUCUGCUGUAAGAGGAGGCCUUCAAAAGAAAAAGUUGCCUGAGAAAUUUACUCCUCCAGCCCCCAUCACAGCUCCAGUAAUGAGCCUGCCCGCUGAGCCCCAAGGGAUCCAUCCUCAGCUGUCCAGGUUGCAAGAAUCUGGCCAGUCGCCCCCAGGAGCACCCAAAGAAGGCAGCCUGCAGUAUCACCAGCUACCUGUGGAGAGGGUUGAGAGGAAGGAGGUGCCCCCUGAGCACCAGGCUCUGAAGGCCACAUUUGAAGGGUUGGUGCAACGCUGCUCUGCUGUCGCCACUGAUCCAAAAACCCGAAGGAAGCUGGAGGAUGCAUUGCAGCGGCUGGAGUCUUUGUAUGAGAAGCUCCGCGAGCAGGCGCUCUCUCCAACCAUCCUCAUGGGUCUCCAUGAAAUUGCCCGCUGCAUUGAGGCUAGGAACUACCAACAGGGGCUCCUGGUUCACACCCAAGUGGUGAGCAGCAGCAGUUUCAGUGAGGUGUCUGGUUUCAUGCCCAUCCUGAAAGUCCUCAUGACCAUUGCUGGCAAGCUGAAUGUGUAAAGUGUGGAGCAGCUGGAACAGUGCACACUGAGAGCUGGUGGACUUCCUCACCUGUUGAUGUGCUGCAGGUUGUGGACUCUCCUUCUGACUCUGGAGAAAUAAGUCUGUGCCAGUGCCUGGAAACUGUGCUGGGCCAGCAUGCCUGGCCCCAUCCACUCUCCAGACAGCCCACUGGUGCCUGGGACUCAUGGAGACUGUUCUUUCUCUCUCUUCUUUCUUAUUAGUCUGAGGCUGCUUCCCAGCCCAGGGAUCUCAAUUUCAGGCUGUCCAGGCUGCACAGAGAUCCUCCCUCUUCCUUGUAUCCCUGGCACAAAGGGGAAACUCCUUCCCUCCCAGGCUGAUGUUGCUGGUUUUUAGGAGACAAACAGGGCUGGCACCUGCAGUGCCACCAGACAGAAGAGCCUCAGGCUCUGUUCCCUGCUGCAGUGUAAACUGCCUGAGUGAUAGCUGGACUCCCUUGGGACCUAAGCUGGGGUGUCCCUGCUCUGUUGGGCUGCAGUGAGGAUCUCUCCUCUGGUUCCUCCUCCUUUCUCAUUUUCAUCCUUGACUCAUCCUCUCACCCCUCUGCACCCGUAUCCUGCUACAACUAGGGCUAACUACCAGCCUGCUCUGGGUCAGCUUUGGUUCUCUCUUUUCACAGUCGAGUCUCCUGUUUACCCUUUAUCCCUCCUCCUUUAUAUAUUUUCCCCCAUAGGCUGCAGGCUUGAGCUCUUUAAGUUUCAGGCCCCAGUGCUGAUUUCCCCCUUCCAACUCCUGGGACUCUCCCAUUCAGGAAUACUGGCAGGUUGGACUGCUCUGUGCACUCCUCCCCAGAGCCGGUCGCAUCCUGGUUUUGGGCUAAAAGCCUCCCUCUCGUGGCUCCUGGCCUUUUUCACUUCCUUUAUGUUAGCACAGUUGGCCUUCUACCCACUGGCGUUAUCUAAAGGCUUCCUACAUCGGGCUUUUCAGGCAGUCUAGGGGCUUUAAGAGCAGCAGAGAUUGUUCAAGUCCCAUAAAGAAUCCCCUGGAGCUACUCUGACCAGCCCAGACUUGAGCAGGGAGAGACAGCUCAUUGCUCCAAGUGUGAUGCAUUCAUUCUGCCUAAAGAUAUGUGCAAAGGAGGUUCGCAAAGGCCCCUUGGCACUAUGGUGGUAGGAAUGUGAUGACUAUGGUGGCAGGUGGUGAUGCUGUCAGGUCUCAAGGAUACGGCUGUGCUGAGGCUUUUCAUCACUGUGUCAUUUCCUCUGGGGUAAAAUAGAUGAAUGAAACAUAUCUGUCCUGGGGAAGAAGUCUGGGAAGGCAGAUGGGAUUUUAGGGUACAUCUGAGUGUGUGUGUCUUUCCCUCUCUUCCUCCCUCCUUGCCUUCCUCUCUCUCACCCUCUUUCAUGCUAACUGGGCAGCAUAAUCGUUGGGCCCUAGCUGGGAGCAAGGCUUCUUCCCAACGUUUGGCUGCAGCCAGCCCCUGCUUCCUCUGCUUGCUGCUUGAGUGACAAUGCCAUCGUGGGCCUGCGGUUCAGUUACUUACAUGAAUUGGCCUGCUCUACCAUGGAACUUAGGAGGGAGGAGAAUCAGAGAAGGGAGGGAGAGGAUGCUUCUCAUUCUCUCCUUUCCAGGUCAAAGUGCCUCCUUGUUGCUGCUGUGUUGUAUCUAUUGCUGCGGUUUGAUGCACUGAGAUUGCAGAACAGUGAAAUAAAUGCUGUGUUUUGUGAUGCUGCUAGCUUUUUUUCAUAGGCUUGUCACCUCUGGCUACAGGGGACUUCCCUCAGUCUGCAGGGCCAUCCACUGAGAGCUGAGUUCUCAGCUUUGGUGCAGGGGGCAACUGAGAAGGUGUGGGGCAAACCAGAUUCUGGGCUCUCCUUGUGUGGUGAGAGCUCAGGCCUUACCCACUCCCUAAGGCUGUGGUGUCAGAGAACUGAUCUCCAGAUCGCCUGCCUCAGUUGUGACUGUUCAUCUGCAUUGGAUAGAGGAAGGUCCCCAGGAUGGCUGAGGUUCUCUUGGGGAAUCACAGCAGCAUUGGGGUUUUUACACUUGACAUUGGGAGUUGGAAAUGUGUCAGUAAGUAAACAGCGAGCCCUUGAUGACAUCCUCUUCUGUUGGAAAUCAAUGUUACACACUGAAGCCAUGCCACUUAAACUGGGAUGAGGAUCUACCUGUGUGGAAAUCAGAUUUAUACCAUUGAAUUGUCAGUUCUUACCAUGAGUUAAUAACUUCUGAAUCUGUUGGCUGAUUUCAGUUAAGCUUUUAAGGAGGUAAGAAGGCUGAAGUGAAACAUCGGUACUGAGAUAAAGUUGGGGGGGAAUCAAACCAGCUUCUGCAAAAAGACUGGCGUAAUCUCGAAAAAUUUGUGUUUUCUUUUUGCUGUCAGCUGGCUAGCUAGUCUGUAUGUAGAGGCCAGCCAGUCGGCACACAUGGAACUCAAAUAUGCAGGGCUGUAUCACCUGGCUUGUGGUCAGAGGACUUGGGAGGAGGUAAAGGUUGAGAAAGGUUGUUUGGAUGGGAAGAUUUGAAGGGCCAUUGCUGGGAGGGGACCAGGGUUUAUAAGAAUUCUGGGGUGUUAUGGACACAGCACAUGCAUUUGGGAAAAAACAGCCUUUGCUAGUUCUGCUGCUGGCAGAGGCAAACACCAAAUCUUGCAGAGCUUUUGCAGCCCAGUCUGGGAGCAGUUAGCAACCAGUCUGGCCUCCCAACUGUCCCCCAUUGGGGAGAUUCAAGCUGAUUUUCAAAGGCAGCACUUGUGUUAUGACCCCUUCUGAUGCUCUACAAGUGAGCAGGUAGCCCCAGAGGUACAAAUUUGCUUAACAAGUGUAUAAGGAAAGUCCUAGCUUUCCAAGAUCCUUUAACAAGCCUGGUUAUUUCUUAGAUUCUGCCUUUCUGGAUCCAGUUAUAGUACCCUCCGCAGUCCAGCCCCUCUCUCUAACUCAGCCCACUUGUACUAGUGAGAAAUAAGCAUGGAUUUUCCAUGUAUCUUUCAGAUGCACUUGACUUUAGUUCCCUCCGGCACGCACAGCUCCCACUACCCAUGGCCUCAUGCAGAGACCAGCUGUUUAUCCUGCCUCCGCUGCCGGUCCUUCCUCCUUGCCCCUUUGUCCCACCGUUGCUCAGUUUAGCUUCAGGUUUACCUCAGUGAGCACCGUCCCAAAAUCUCUUGGUAGGGAAACCAGGCAAGGGGAGGUGAGAUGACCCACUUGAGGGGCUUGUGGCAGAAGCCCCAUCCCUGCGGCCCGGGUGCGGUGUGUGUCCUUGCAAGCCCCCCUGGAAAGCUGCUCCUCCAUUUGUAGCACUGUCUCUGCUGGCUGGCAGAAGCUUCUGCUCUACGGGCAGCAGCUCCUCGGCGUUGCCUCCUGCCAUGUGGGCACAUGGUGCCACAGCGUCCCUGGACAGAGAAAGCGUUUUCUGUUGGGUGAGAAGGCCUUUGGGUUGACAAAGAAUUUGGGGUGGGGUGGGGGGGGGGCGGGAGGAAAGGAUCCCUGGGCACAGAGAACAGAGCUCUAAUCCUGUUGCAGAUAACAUCAUGUCUGCGGGCUAGGCUUGUGUGUGUUUGGGGGAGCUGGAGGGGCAGAGAUUGUUAGGCAGUAUUUGUUUGUAAAGCCACUUGCUCUGAAGAUAAUGCUUGCACUAACUUCUAUUGAGGGAGCAGUGUGAGUCCCCACAAAGUCCUUUCCCAAAGUGUCUUUGAAGCCAAGAACCCAUUGAAAGGAAGAAAGGCCAAGAGAGGGGAUUAGUUUGUUCAGCAGCUGUGAAUUUCAGUGGGAGGCUGAUGAACUCCAAAGUCUUUGUUGAGAUUUUUUUGUAAGGAGCCCUGCUGGAGGGAGAGACCCACACGGGGCCGCGGCCUUAGACAAGAAGGAAUCCGAAGCGGCAGGGAGCUGUAAACGGGCCACAAGGACUUUUCCCAAACACUUUUCGGAAAAGGUGUUGUGAAGAGAGCGGAGGGGGAUUAGCAUGUGAAAUGACACUUUCCAUUGACUCCACAGAGGGGAGGGGAAAAGGGCUGGCUGGCUGAUUCAUUAGCAUUUUGUUUCCUUCUCUA